GUUCCAUAGCCACAGGCAGAACAGUUGAAACUGGAGCAGCAGCACGGCCAGGUGGACUGGGGACAGCAAGGAGUCAUCAUGCCAGGUAGUCCUGAGGCCAGGUAGUUCCAGUGCAAGCCAUCCAAGCCGCUUCCCCCGGACAUGGAGGACUUUGUCCAGAGCUCCAGGGACCAUGGGGUCAUCGUGAUGUCCCUCGGGACCUUGGUGGGACAACUUCCUGAGGACAUCGCUGAGGACAUCGCCACUGCUUUUGCCAAACUGCCUCAGAGGGUUGUCUGGAGGCACACUGGGAAGAGACCUGCCUCCCUGGGUAACAACACCUUACUGGUGGACUGGCUCCCCCAGAACGACCUCUGAGGACACCCCAAGACCCGAGCCUUUGUCGCCCACGGCAGCACCAAUGGAGUCCAGGAGGCCAUCUACCGCGGUGUCCCCAUCGUCGGCCUCCCAUUGAUGUUCGACCAGCAGGAUAACCUCAACAGGAUGAGGGCUAAGGGAGUGGUUAAGAUAGUGGACAUCGCCACUGUAGACAGAGACAUCUUCCUGGAGGCAGUGAAGGCUAUUCUCUAUGAGCCGUCCUACAGGGAGGCAAUGCAAAGGCUCUCCAGGCUGCACAGUGACCAGCCUAUGAAGCCACUGGACUGUGCAAUGUUCUGGAUCGAGUUUGUCAUGAGGAACAAAGGAGCGGCACAUCUGAGGACAGAGUCCUACAAGAUGUCCUGGUUCACCGACCACUCUAUGGAUGUCAUAGCCACGCUACUGGCCAUUGUGUUGUUCAUAAUACUGGUUAUCACUUUUGCUGUAAGGUUUUUGUGGUGUAAGGUGUUUUGUAGGAUGAAAGUGAAACAUGAAUGAUAUAGAUGUGUUUUGAGGUGUUUUUAAAUAUUUAUAAAUUACGAAAUUAUAAAUAAAUAUAUAGUUAAUCAAAUAUUUAAAUUAUUUUUUUCUGAUAUUCUUUCUAAAACCUUCUUUUCAGCAACAUC